UCAGACCUCACGUUCGACGACCGACCAAUGGCCAACGAGGGUGGGCGGGGCCAGAGGGACAACAGCGGAGGAUUCAAACGGAACAUGGCUGCGGGUAAAGAUGUGGACGAAAACACACACAACCGGAGAGGGACAGUGUGCAGUAUGGUGAUCAAUCAUGAGGAGUCACCGGGGGGCUCUCGCGCUGGCCGACCACCAGUCAUCUUCAACCCGGACUUCUUCGUGGAAAAACUCCGCCAUGAGAACCCAGAUGUUUUCCUGGAAGUGGUGCUGAGCAACAUCACUCGCCUCAUUGACCUUCCCGGGACGGAGUUUGCGCAGCUCCUCGGCGAGGAAAGCCCCAAGACCCCAACGGGCGGAAAUGGAGGCUUCUUUCGCUCCUUCAACUUCCUCAAACGCAAAGAUAAAGGUGUCGUGUUUGGAACCCCGCUGACUGAGAGCUGCAUUGCCCAGAUCUACCAGCUCAUUGAGUACCUCAGCAAGAACCUGCACGUCGAGGGCCUGUUUCGGGUGCCGGGGAACAGUGUUCGGCAGCAGACCCUGAAGGACCUCCUCAACAGCGGGGCCGACGUGGACCUGAAGUCCGGAGACUUCCACCCCAAUGACGUGGCCACGCUGCUCAAGACGUUCCUGGGAGAGCUGCCCGAGCCUCUGCUCACACACAGACACUUCCACGCACACCUUAAGAUAGCUGAUAUGACCCUGUUUGACGAACACGGCAACAAGACCGCGCUACCCAACAAGGAGCGUCAAAUCGAGGCCCUGCAGCUCCUCUUCCUGCUGCUGCCUCAGGCCAACCGGUCGCUGCUCAAGCUGCUGCUGGACCUGCUCUACCACACGGCCAGGCAGCAGGACAAGAACAAGAUGUCCGCCUUCAACCUGUCGCUCAUGUUUGCGCCGCACGUCGUCUGGCCCAGACAUAUGACAGCCACUGACCUGAAAGACAACCUGAAGAAACUGAACAACAACAUGGCCUUCCUCAUCAAACACUCGCAGAAACUCUUCAGGGCUCCAGGAUACCUGCGGGAUUAUGCCAAAGUGCACUUCACUGGGACCAAGGCUCUGCAGACCAAGGACGACCUGGAGCUGCUGGCGGCGAGCGGCUCCCCCCCUCAGCGGGCCGCGUUGCCCCUGAAGAGGACGGCGGUUCUGGGCCCCGGCUCUCAGGAGCAGUACCAGUCACCGGCUCAGCAAUACACCGAAGAGGCUCUGAAGGAGCUCUUCAGACACGUGCACCACAACAUGCCGGACUCCGCCAAGAAGAAGAAACUCGUCCGGCAGUUAGUCAAGCAGACGACCUCGGAGACGCCCACUAGCGAGCACCACCAGGCGGCACCGGCUCCCAGCAAGAAACACCCGCGCUCGCGCUCCUUCGGGGGCCUCAUCAAGCGCAAAGCUCGUGGUGAGCAGCUGACGGCAGAGAGGCGGGUCCGACACGUCUCCCCUGAUAUCGUCAUCAAGGCAGGAAGAAAAGCUGAUAAAGAGAACUUCAUCCUGCAAGUGAGCAGUCCGUUACAGGGUCACCUGCUGGGGGAGGCGGGGCUAGUCGUGAGGAACCCCGACUUCCCUUUCAAGAAGGACAAAGCUCUGAAGGGGUCCAAGCACUCCCCCUGUGUAACCAGGAUGUGUUUCUCUCCUGCUCAGGAGAUCUCGCUGUAAUGAAACGUGUCUCCUCCUCGUCUGGGACGGGACUUCCUUGGACAGUAGUAUUAUUAUUAUUAUUAUUACAAUAACUCCUCUUGUUUUCGUCGUAGUGCGUCUAUUUGAUUUUAUUAUUUUUUUACUGUGACUAAUAUCCAGCAGCUUUUAGCCGCGGCGGCCAAACCAAAGGCAGGAACUCUUGAAUAAAUCCUCCAGACGGUGUAAAUGUAAAUUUUUACGUUGUGGAUCAAAAUGAAUCCACUCAGAUUCAUACGGAAAAAGGGCCUUUUUGUUUUGUUUGUUUUUUAUUUUUGUUUAUUUUACCACAUGCAUUCUGGUGUCUGUGGUACUUUGGACUCUUUCCGCUAGAAAAUGUCAUUAAAACUUCACAAUAAUUAGUUUUAAUAACCUCGAAGCAGCAGAACCAACAAGUCCGUUUUUGUACUGUUCACAUUCUGAAAUGAUGUCUAAUGAAGUCCCGCCUUCUGCCUCAAUGUGACAAACAGUGGGCGGGGCCUCUGCUUCGGGGCGGGGCCUCUGCUUCGGUUUGGCUCCGCCGGCUCAGUCGUCGCUUGUUUUAUUAGCUGCUGUAUCCGUGACGACUUGCUAAGCUAAGCUAAGCUAACGGUCCGCCGUGUACAUGUUGUACAGGUUUUAGUUUUUAUAUCUUUAUGUCUCCAUUUGGAAAACUGUGUUGUUGUUGUUGUUGUUGUUUUUGUCUUAACUCACAGAACCAGUGAGCUGGCGUCACUUUAAUUUCCCAAAAAAGCUUCAUCCUGAAAUGAAAAAACAGGAUUUUGCUUGAAGAAAGAAAAAAAAAAAAAAAAAAA